GUUGUGUUUCCAGUCUAUGUCGCUGAUCCAGGAUCUGCUGAAGGAGAUCCAGGACCUGAAGGAGUCCAGAGACGACCUGAAGAAAGAGGUCAAGAGCCUCCAGAACCAACUCAACCAGCUGAAUAUGAGUGAGCUGGUUGACAGAAUCAACGAAGUGGAACAGUACUGCCACCGACUGGACAACCUGGACUCUGCCACCAAAGAGCUGCAGGACAGAGUUGGGCGUUACCCAGACCCAGACGAGCUCAUCCAGUGUGUGACCUGGGACAUCAUGCAGACCACCUUGGUUAGCGAGCAACAGAAUCUGCAAAAGGAAAUCAAGCACUCAGUCCCUGUCCCCACAUCAGUUGUCAUGACCACCAUGACUCCUUUCAGCGUCUCUGCCAAUGCCAAUACUGGAGCUGCUGCCUUCACUCCUGGCACUGUCACUGUCAGCCAGCAUGGGGGGGCGCUGCCCCAGCAGUCCCUCUCUGAUGCAGCUGCUGCCUUCACUCCUGGCACUGUCACUGCCAGCCAGCAUGGGGGGGCACUGCCCCAGCAGUCCCUCUCUGAUGGAGCUGCUGCCUUCACUCCUGGCACUGUCACUGCCAGCCAGCAUGGGGGGGCGCUGCCCCAGCAGUCCCUCCUCUGA